UUCAAAUUGAAGUAUGCGCUGAAUAUGUCGCUUAGUAAGGCGAUGAAAGCUUCGCAAAUCAACUAUUCAGCUCAGAGAACACAACCACCUCAAAAAAAUGAAUACUAUAGAAGUUUUGGUUAUUAGAUCUUGGGUUAGUAUACUUCGUACUAUCCGUGAACGUCAAUACCGUCAGUCUCUAAAAAAGCUUUCAAAUACAGAGAGCAGCAUAACAGUAAAGAGAUUAGGUAAUAUGAAUAAAUAUUGAAUAUUGAAUUGCAAAGCAUACUUAAAAUAAAGGAUUGAUGAAUUGGAUUACAUAAUGGUGAAAAAACUACAACAACAACAACAACAACCAGGUAUGCUGAUCGGAUCUAAUUACAUUUGUUUACCAGGAUUUUUAGUAAAUAUUGAAUGCACACAUAAAACGAAUAGUUUAGAUACACAUUUUGAAAUAUAAAUAAUUCAUAUUUCUGUUACCUUACUCUUCUUCUUGUUAUUAACAUUAUUCUUAUUUCGAAUUGGAACGGGUGUUUGUGAUUAAAACAAUCUCUAGUCUCAUGAAAUUUAUCAACCAAGAAUGUUUAUUAUUGAUUAUAUUGCUGAUAAUAACAAUCACGAUUCAUAAAACAGACGGUUCAGUUGUAUUCAAUCUUCGCCUAUAUGUUGUACAAGUUUGGUUGAGCUUUUGCAAUCAUUUCUCUGGAACAGUCAGAUACCUGUUCAAAUGGCUACCUCAAGAACUUGGUGGAAAUCCUACGAGUAUGCAGAAUGGUUAG